AUGCCGCAAAUCAAAGUCAUUCUAUUAGGCACAAGUCACCCUCACAUAUUUAAACGCUAUAAGUAUCUCCAAGAAUCCGCCAAUAUCACACUUCUCGGUUAUUACGACAGCGAUGAUGAGGUUGCUCGACGCAUGCAAGACCAUGCCGGAUGCCGACGGUAUAGCGACCCUGGCAGCCUGCUAGCUCUCCACUGCGACGUCGUUAUCAUUCACGGUCGCGAUCGGGAGAACGCAAAGUUUAUCCGCUUGGCUCUGAAUAGUGGGGCAAGAGGCAUCUUCGUUGAGAAGCCUGGUGUUGCACAGCCAACUGAAUUCUACCCACUGGCAGAGGAGAUUCGUCAACGCAAAGGCACUAUCGUAUUUGAAGUUGGCUGGGAGCUUCACUAUCUCGAAACCGUGGCAUUUGCACGAAGGGUAGUCCGCGAGUCCCUGCUGGGGACCAUCACAAUGGCUCGGUUCCACGGCGGGUGUCCAGGGGGCGCCGGGGCGGAACCUUGGCAAUCGGAUCAGCAUAAUGUUGGUGGUUUCUUCUAUAGUCUUGGGGGUCAUGUUGUGGAGAUCGCCGUGGAUCUCUUUGGCUUGCCGACACAGCUCAUCAGUUCGAUUCGCAAGCUCCCACCACAGCCACCCCAUGAAGGGUUUUCGUGGGUCCCUGGACUUUUCGACGGGCGAGAAGUGAAUCCAUGGCACGCGAUUGGAACACUGACCCAUGAGGAUAUUGCAUCUGCAAUACUAGAGUAUGAGCAUUUCAACGUUCAUUUAGACUUUUCGGCGUGGGAAGGUAGUCGAUAUCUAAGAGACUGGAGUGUGGAAAUCUACGGGGUAGAAGGGUCCUUGAGAUUGAACAUUGACGGUCCGGGGAGUUGUAUUCUGUUGAAAGAGAAGAAAACGGGAUGGCUUUCUGGGAGAAAUGAGGUCUUUUCCGAGAGAGAGGUCAAUUUAGCUAUGGCUUUCGAGAAGCAGAUGGAAGACUUUUUUCGGAGAGUGGAGGGCGUUGCCCGGGACGAGCAAUAUUGCGAUGAGAACAUGGCAGAAAAAUUGCUGAGGCUUUACAGUGCUUUGUAUGAGUCGGCUCAGACUCGACAAUGGGUCUUCAUCUAG